CCCACCGCGUGUAGUCAGACGCUCAUCACUAAAUCUAUUAUAUUUGUUUGUGAUACACGUGUGCCGCUCUUAACAGGAAAAUGAUGGACAAAAGCGCAAUGAUGAAUAAAAUGGGAUUCCGUUGUAUUUCCGUGGACGUCGCAACAUUCAUUUUUGGAAUUUUUAGCGCUGUGAUAUCAGCCAUCGGUAUCCUAGCCUUCUCGACCUUCCACCUCUGGUUCGGAGACUUCUCCGGAGAAAAGGACUUCGGGCAAUGGCUCCAGGACCCUGACUCCAUGCCGAUGCACGGAGAUGCCAAAUAUGAGAAGAGACGGAUGAUCUAUAUGUGGAUCAUGAUCUUGGUGUUUCUCUGGUUUUUAAGCUGUAUUGUUUCGUUCAUCUUCUCUGUGUUCCUGUGUUAUGGAACCCACAAGAGGCGGCCGGCCUUCGUGAAGGCCUACUUAGUGUACGGUGUUGUGAUGACUACACUGAUGAUGGCGGUGGCUUGCUUGUACAUCUGGAGGGGGGACGUCCUCAAUACGCUCAUACAGCUGAUUAUUUGCGGUUUAUACUCGUUGAUUCUCCUGAUGGUCAAGCGCACAUACGAAAUCAUCCGAACGGAGCACACCUGCGACUCCACACCAAUUCUAACCUCCAAACCUGGCAUGAACAUCUAAUUGUAACCUCCAAACCUGGCAUAAACAUUUAAUUCUAACCU